CAUUUUUCUAACUCAAAUGAAGUUAGAUUCAAUAGAGGUCAUUGGUUAAAAUUGGCCUUGGGUUUUAAAAAUAUUGUUCAAAGUUCAAACAUUUAAUUUAGGAACAUUAAAAAUAAUAUAACAACGUUUAUUUGGUGUUUAAUAUGGCUUUAUUUAAGACUGGAAUACCUAAUUUAGUAAAAUGUAUACAAAAAAGAAACAUAGCAAGCCUAUCAGCUUUAUCAGAAACGCACCAAAUGCUGCAGAAAACAUGUCGUGACUUUACUGAGGGGGAAUUAAAACCUAUUGCCUCAAAAAUAGACAGGGAACACUUAUAUCCAAAAGAACAGAUUAAAAAAAUGGGGGAAUUAGGUUUGAUGGGUAUAAGUGUCCCCGAGGAGCUUGGAGGGACAGGUUUAGAUUACUUAGCCUAUGCUAUAUCAUUAGAGGAGAUUUCCAGAGGAUGUGCCAGUGCUGGAGUAAUAAUGUCUGUAAAUAAUUCAUUAUAUUUGGGGCCUAUUAUGGAGUGGGGAACAAAGGAACAGAAAGAAAAGUAUAUUACCCCAUACACAGAUGGAAAUAAGGUGGGGUGUUUUGCUCUGUCAGAACCAGGGAAUGGUUCAGAUGCUGGUGCAGCUUCAACAACGGCUAAAUUAGAGGGUACAAAUUACGUUUUAAAUGGUACAAAAUCAUGGAUUACCAAUGGGUAUGAAAGUGAGGCUUCUGUAGUGCUAGCUACUACAGAUAAAAGUCUAAAACAUAAAGGUAUUUCUGCAAUUAUUGUUCCAAAACCAAUUGAGGGGCUCGAGUUGGGUAAAAAGGAGGAUAAAUUGGGAAUUAGGGGUUCAUCCACAUGUUCCCUAAUGUUUGAGAAUUGUAAGGUUUCAAAAGAAAAUUUGUUGGGAGAGACAGGAUUUGGAUUUAAGAUAGCAAUGAAAACCUUGGAUGCAGGCCGUAUAGGCAUAGCAAGCCAGGCUUUGGGUAUAGCUCAGGCUUCUCUGGAAGUGGCAGCUGAAUACGCCUCCAAACGCUUAGCGUUUGGAAAACCCCUGUUAAAAUUACAAACAAUACAAAACAAACUAGCCGAUAUGGCUUUGCAACUCGAAUCUGCGCGACUUUUAACAUGGAGGGCAGCUUGGCUAAAAGACAACAAAAUGCCUUACACAAAAGAGGCAGCUAUGGCGAAGCUGGCUGCCAGUGAAGCUGCGACGUUCUUGAGUCAUCAGUGUAUUCAGAUUCUUGGAGGAAUGGGUUAUGUGACAGACAUGCCUGCGGAGAGGCAUUAUAGGGACGCAAGGAUUACGGAAAUAUACGAGGGCACGUCGGAAAUACAAAAAUUAGUAAUAGCUGGAAAUCUGAUCAAAGAAAUGGGCCUCUAAAUAAUUUUUUAUUAAAAUAUCAUUAUCACGAACAAAUAUUUUUAUAUUUAAGUACAAAAUUAUAUUAUAUUUAUACAU